UUGGUUGAACUUCUGAACUUCACUUUGCAUGACUGAAAAAUCAACUUCUUUGAUGACACAUUGAAAAUAAGGGUAUGGAGUUGAGCUCUUCCCAUCUGCCCAGACCUGGUGAAGGAAGCCGCAUUUGCCUUGUGAGCUCUUUUUUGGCCUCCUGCUGAGUGGCCGAAGGAGCUGAGAGGUAAAGGACUACAGUAUUCUCUGCCCCUAAGAGCUCACAGCUAUGCCAAGGUUAUGGACAGUUACUUCCUGCCAAAAAAACACCCUGUGACUCAAACAUAGUAAUUCCUUACAGUGUUUAAUUAAGCGUACAAAGAAUUAAAAUCCUUUGAUUUAAAAAAAAAAAAAAAAUCCUUCCAUAGCUGUUUUCUCUUCAGGAUUCAGAACUGCAUCAUCUUCUUUGGUCACAUGGCUUUUGAAAUAUGUUUUCUCACUCUGACUGUUAGAAGUUGGCUUCACCCCCCAGCCAACCCUGAAGUCCAUCAUACCCCAUUAGCAAAUGGGCUAGCAGGGUGCUGUGCUGUGCAGAGAGCUCUGUGUCUGUCCAGUGCUCAUCGAGAUUGUGUGUUCUAUCUUCCAGAUUCCGACCUGAGCAUGCGCACGCUCAGCACACCCAGUCCAGCGUUAAUAUUCCCACCGAAUUCCCCUGGAUUCCAAAAUGGCAGAGGUUCGUCGACGUCUUCCUCCUCCGUCACUGGGGAAACUGUUGCCAUGGUCCAUUCUCCACCUCCAACCCGUCUCACCCAUCCUCUCAUCCGGCUGGCGUCCAAGCACCAGAAGGAGCAGGCCAACAUAGACCGGCUGCCCGACCACUCCAUGAUCCAGAUCUUCUCCUUCCUGCCCACCAACCAGCUGUGCCGCUGUGCCCGCGUGUGCCGCCGCUGGUACAACCUGGCCUGGGACCCGCACCUUUGGAGGACUAUCCGCCUGACUGGCGAGACAAUCAACGUAGACAGGGCUCUCAAAGUGCUCACCCGGAGGCUUUGUCAGGAUACUCCCAACGUAUGUCUCAUGUUGGAGACGGUAAUUGUUAGUGGCUGCAGGCGGCUCACAGACAGAGGACUCUACACCAUUGCUCAGUGCUGUCCAGAACUGCGGAGGCUGGAGGUGUCUGGCUGUUACAACAUCUCCAAUGAGGCAGUCUUUGAUGUUGUGUCACUGUGCCCAAACCUGGAACACCUGGAUGUGUCAGGCUGCUCCAAAGUAACGUGCAUCAGUCUGACUCGCGAAGCCUCCAUCAAGCUGUCUCCCUUGCACGGGAAGCAAAUCUCCAUCCGCUACCUGGACAUGACAGACUGCUUCGUCCUGGAGGACGAAGGACUGCACACCAUUGCCGCCCACUGCACUCAGCUGACCCACCUGUACCUGCGCCGCUGCGUCCGCAUCACCGACGAGGGUCUGCGCUACCUGAUGAUUUACUGCACAUCCAUCAAGGAACUGAGCGUGAGCGACUGCCGCUUCGUCAGCGACUUCGGCAUGCGGGAGAUCGCCAAGCUGGAGUCGCGUCUGCGAUACCUGAGCAUCGCUCACUGCGGCCGCAUCACGGACGUGGGCAUCCGAUACAUAGCCAAAUACUGCAGCAAGCUGCGCUACCUCAACGCGCGGGGCUGCGAGGGCAUCACGGACCACGGCGUGGAGUACCUCGCCAAAAAUUGCACAAAACUCAAAUCGCUGGACAUUGGCAAGUGCCCUCUGGUUUCAGACACCGGCCUGGAGUUUCUAGCCCUCAACUGCUUCAACCUAAAGCGCCUGAGCCUGAAAUCCUGUGAGAGCAUCACUGGGCAGGGCCUGCAGAUUGUAGCUGCCAACUGUUUUGACCUGCAGAUGUUGAACGUGCAGGACUGCGAAGUCUCUGUGGAUGCUCUGCGAUUUGUUAAACGACAUUGCAAGCGCUGUAUUAUAGAGCACACCAACCCUGCUUUCUUCUGA